AUGGAUGAAGAUAUUGGCUCCGGCUUUUCGCCCAUUGAAAGUGAAUCGGGCUAUAAUAUUUUGGAAGAAUCAUUUUGGAAUGCGACGGACGAUGCCAGUGGAUUUCCAUUACAAACACCGCCCCCGUACUCACACGAAAGACCUUAUCGUACAAUUAAAGGUGAAAAGGGUGAACGUGGACCAAAAGGACCACCCGGUGAUAGUAUACGGGGUCCUCCGGGACCUCCGGGUCCACCGGGUCCAAAAGGUGAAUCGGCAACUUUUCCCGCCUUCGUUGAUUUUCCCACCGGUCCUGAUGCGAAAUACACUGGCAAAUGUACGUGCAAUGCGUCUGAUAUCCUAGAAGCAAUCAAAGAUAACGAUAUAUUACGUGAAACAAUACGCGGUCCACCUGGUCUGCCAGGUAAGGAGGGAAAAACUGGUGCGCCUGGACUCACGGGUGCUACAGGGAAACCAGGUGAACGUGGUGCCCCCGGUCCCAAAGGUGACCGCGGCGAUAGGGGCGAUCCUGGCUCCCGUGGACCCGAGGGUCUGCAAGGCCAUAAAGGCGAGCCUGGCGUCGACGGCAUGCCCGGCGUGCAGGGACCACCUGGCCCGCCGGGACCGCCUGGCUUGCCCGAGAAUUACGAUGAAUCUUUAAUGGGCAAUUCAAUGCGUCCGAUGCGUAGCUCCUCGCCUGGACCCAAGGGGCCACCUGGUGAUAAAGGUGAUGGCGGCACACCUGGCGAACGUGGCCAACCGGGCCAGAAAGGUGAACGCGGGGACCCCGGAAUGACUGGCGAAAAAGGUGAUAGGGGGCAUCCAGGCGUGCACGGCCCUAACGGUCAAAAAGGGGAACCUGGCCAACCAGGCGUACCGGGCAUGGCAGGUGCACCAGGUGCACCUGGCCUGAAAGGGGAUCGGGGUCUACCUGGUGAAUUGGGACCCAUUGGGCCGCCUGGUCCACCCGGUGAAGUCGUAUAUGCGGAUAAUUCUUUGAACGGUACAAAUGCUGCAGCGGGAGGACAGUGUCAAUGUCCAGCCGGACCACCUGGUCCGCCGGGAAUGCGCGGCCCACAAGGCUAUGAAGGACCACCCGGUUUGAACGGCGAGCCUGGUCCAGCUGGGUCGAACGGUUUGACCGGCCUGCCUGGCUCCAAAGGUGAGAAGGGCGAAAAAGGUGUGCGAGGCCUGAGCGGCCCGAAAGGCGAUCGCGGACCCGAAGGACCGCCAGGGCAGGCCUUUUUCGCUGGCGGUUACGAAGGCAUGGCUAUGAAUGGCACCAAGGGCGAAAAGGGCGAGAAGGGUAUGCGCGGGAGACGCGGCAAACCGGGCCAAGCUGGACAAAUAGGACCGCCGGGCAAACCAGGUGCAAUGGGCGAUAUCGGGCACUCGGGACGACCUGGACUUCUAGGCCCCAAAGGUGAUAUGGGCAUGAAAGGACAGAAAGGUGAAACUGGCGGUCGAGAAGGCCCAAAAGGCGACAAAGGGGAUCGAGGUCAGGAUGGGCGUGAUGGUCUACCUGGUCCGCCUGGACUACCAGCAGCAGCCGGUGAAGGUGUACAAUAUAUACCAAUGCCUGGACCACCAGGACCGCCUGGUCCACCUGGUCAACCAGGCAUGCCCGGUUUGUCUAUAACCGGCCCGAAAGGUGAGCCUGGUAUGGAUUCGCGCAGUUACUACGGCGAUGCGUCUUACUAUGGACGGCCGGCAAGUGGACGCUCGUCUCUUGAUGAAAUCAAAGCUUUGCGCGAACUACAAGACUUAAGAGAUCGUCCAGACAGCACAUCUGGUCCACCCGGUCCACCAGGUCCACCAGGCCCACCCAGCCACUCGCGUCAUGACGAUGAGGAAACACCAUAUUUUUCAGCAUCAUCAUGGAAUAUGCGAAUUGUACCUGGUGCGGUGACAUUCCCAAAUAUCGAUGAAAUGACAAAGAAAUCAGCAAUGAAUCCACCAGGCACAUUGGCCUACAUCACGGAAGAGGAAGCGCUGCUGGUGCGCGUCAACAAGGGUUGGCAAUAUAUUGCGCUUGGUACUUUGGUGCCCAUUGCCACACCCGCCCCACCGACCACUGUCGCACCACCGGUUCGCGUUGAUAUACAAUCAUCAAAUCUGCUAAACAAUCUGCCGCCGCUUUUAAAUACGCCAACGUUUACAACAGCGCCAGAAUAUGAGACGUGGUAUCCACGCAUGCUUCGUGUUGCUGCACUCAACGAGCCGUACGUUGGCGAUCUGCAAGGCAUACGAGGCGCUGAUUUUGCCUGUUAUCGUCAAGGGCGCAGAGCCGGUUUACUGGGAACCUUCAAAGCUUUCCUGUCAUCCAGAGUGCAAAAUCUUGACUCGAUUGUACGUGUCGCUGACCGCGAUUUGCCGGUGGUCAAUACCAGAGGCGACGUCCUUUUCAAUUCGUGGAAAGGCAUCUUCAAUGGCCAAGGUGGCUUCUUCUCGCAGGCGCCGCGCAUUUACAGUUUUAGCGGCAAAAACGUUCUAACGGAUCCAUUGUGGCCACAAAAACUGGUUUGGCACGGCUCACUACCCAACGGUGAGCGUUCGAUUGACACAUAUUGUGAUGCCUGGCACUCAGGCUCCAGGGAUAAGUUCGGUUAUGCCAGCAACUUGCUGGGGAACAAACUGCUCGACCAAGAGCGUCAAACUUGCGAUAGCAAACUAAUUGUGCUGUGCGUGGAGGCAUUGUCACAGGAUAGAAGGCGAAAGCGCGAUCUCAGCGGCAGCGAACCAGAGUUCCAUACGGCGGAAGCAUAUGCGCGCCACCUGAAGGAAGUGUUAACUUGAAAUUUUAAUUUACGCACAUAUUUGUCACAAAAGCGCGCCAUCAGGGGGCAUGAACUGCGCCAAAAACAUUUACGUCACUAUAAACCAGUCAGAAAUAAGCAACUACAUGAACAACAACGACCGAAACAAUUUUAAAAGGAAAUCGUAAAUCGAGUGGCGAUGCCAAACUACAAAAUUUAUGAUUUUGUCUUUAAACCCCCUAGAAAGCAGAAAACCAACGACAUACAAUAAUUAUUAUUACAUACUAUGAAGUAUUUCAUCCAAUUUUGUUCAUCUCAUACUGACAAAAAGUGAAAAUACAGGAUGUGCCAUCUUGCGUUUGGAAUUUGAUUCAACUCUCAACCGGCACUCAAAAAAAGUCACACAUAAAUCCUCACAUCUGAAAUUUCAUUCAUUCAAUACUCAAUGGCAAAUAAUUUGAAAUUUAUUAAUUAUUUUUAUUUGUCAACAAUUCAAAAUGUAGGAAGUAACAACAUAAGUUAUUCAAUUAAAUAUAAUAAGAAUUACUUCCAACUAAUUUUGUGUUUACCGCAGAUGAACUUUUCAUAAGAAUUGCUUGCAGAACACGAUUUACGCUCUUUUUACCGAAAAAACUCGCACCUAGAACAUAUCACCCGUUUUUUGAAGCAUGAUGGUUCUGCAGACUCUAAUUAUGCCGAUAGAAGCAGCAGGCAGGAGGCGUUCCCUUUAGGUAAUACUUUUCUGUGCAUUAUCUCUGGAUU